AUGAGAAGACCUGCCACCAACAAUGACACCACCGAGCACGACAACUCCAUGGAAGAUAACGCCCCUGAACGAGAUACUCCUGCAGCCAACCAUAAUCAAGUAACAGAUAGUGCAUCAAAUACAAAGACCACCAUUAACACAGUCUUUGAAAAUUUCCUUGCUGCUGUCACUGAUACUGUAAAUGAGAGGUGCAAGAAGUUAAUUGAAGAGGUAGAAAAGGUUCAGGAAGAAGCUUUAGAUCCUCUUGAACAGUGUAGCCAGAUGUUGGAAGCAAAAGUAAGGGAAGCUUCGGAGAGAGUUGAGCAAGGCAAACGACUACAGAAACAUGGAGGAGUCUUAGCAAAGGAUACAGUCAUAAGAUUCCAAGAAGAAGCUGGAGCAAUGACCAGCUUGCCAGAGGUUCCUGCAUUGUGUGCUGUGCCAAGUGUUAGUGUGGAGUUCCCUAGUGAUCCUUCUCUUAUCGAGGGAAUGCAUCAGUUGUUGGCUGAUGCAGGAACUGUAUCUCGUAUGGGACCUGUACAGAUCACAAACAUUGUGGAAAAACCUGGAGCCCUCCUAGUUUCUUGGGAAGAGGUUGAUGAGGAUGUUUCUGAUGAUGGAAUAGAGUUUUAUCUGCAGUGUAGUACUGCUGGAGCAGUAGAUCCAAAAACUGCAGCAUUCCAUUGUAGAUAUAAAGGGCCUGAUUAUUCCUAUCUCUUGAGGGAUAUCUAUGCCGGAGAACCGUACUUGUUAAGAGUAGCCUCAAGAAGAGAAGGCUCCACCAGUUUAGGUCCGUGGAGCUUGGUACAAUCUGCUAAAACCACCGUACCCCAUUUUCGUUGGCAACAGAAAGCUAAUUCAGGCUGGACCAUAGCAGAUGAAGGUCGCCUAGCAUCCAAAGUUAACAGUGAUUUAGAAGUUCUCCACUCUGACGGGCCUCUUUUGGUGCCUGGAACAUCUGUAUUAUUUAAGGUUGCUUGUGGAGGAGUAGGCUGUAGUGAUGAAGGUCUGGGACUUGCUUGUAAACCAAUAUCUGGACCUGAACAGCUCCUCUAUCAAGGGGCAUUAUUUCUUAACACACAAGGGUGUGUGUUCCUGGACGGUGUGAGUCGAGUGACGUGGCUACCAGCAAUCCAAGAGGGAGUGCAUGUUAGUUUUGCAGUGGAAAAGGUGUCUUCUAUAAAGCUUCGUGUUUACAUCGAGUGCCAAGAUAAGCAGGUCACUUAUGAAUGGGGAGUCCCUGAUGCCCACUCUGGUUUGUAUUUCGUGGCGUCAUUUGGAGAGCCCUGUUGGAGAAUAAGCGUGCACUAGUAAUAGUAUUGUUACUUCAUUUUGUAUUGUAAGUACAUUGUAUUAUGUAAAGUGGAUGUAUUUAAUUAUACUGAUUUGUAUAAAACUACAGUUAUCUAUGUCAGAACUAAUUUAGUUUUUUAGACUAUUCAUGAAGAAACAUGUGGAUAUUAGUAGGGAAUUUUAAGAGCCCAAAAACUGCAGGUGUCCUUUGUCUGGUCUACCAUUUAAGAGUUUGAUACAUUACAAAAAUAAGUUGCCUUAUUUACUAUUUCAGGGGACAAUGCAAAGUAUUAAAGUAUUAAUUCAGACCAAAGUGUUAUUUGUAUUAGAAUUUUUUGUGUGUUUAUAAAAAUGUAAAGAGUUACACUAUAAACUGUUGCACCAAUUUUUAUGAUAUAAGGGUCAAAACUGUAUUGUAGCCAACUACAGUUGUCAACUCCAUAGUAAGAAAGUAACCUUCAGUAACUCCCCCAUACCAAGUGAUAUGUUUUUUCUUAAUAUAGAGAUGUGACAUGUUCAAUACAGAUCAAAACUGCUUAUAAAAUUACUUAGGCUUUAACUGAGUCAGUGCCUAAGCAUUUAAGUAAAGUUGAAUUCCUAGUGAUAUAUUGUGAAUUUCCUUCUAUAUAUCUCACUGUAUAUUUGUUCUCUUAAUUUUACAUAAUUUUUAAUGAUUUCACCUUAAGCUUAAGCCAUAUUUCCCAGGCAAACCUAUCAGUCAUAAUGAGCAAAAUUAGCAGUUUUUAGUUUCCCCAGACUUGUGUCUUCUGAUGCCUUAAAAACAAGAGAACAGUAGCCAAAAGUGACGAUGUGCAUCCAUACAUCUGUCUUCAACUCAUCACUAGGGAGUACCUGCCUUCCUCAUUCUUUUGUCUGUCAGUUUUACUAAUGCAGCCAUGAGAAUUCUCGCCGGCUUCAUUCAGCCAAGUGGGGAAAAUAAGAUUCAUUAUCAUUCACGUCUGAUUUCCUUUACAAAGUUUUUGUUAUUAUAAUUUAAAUAAUUCAUACUUUUUCCACUAUUUUUUAGUUAGUAUUUAAUAGUUACUAAUUGCUCAAAGGCUGUCUUCCUGGACUUCUGUUAGCAUUGUGGGAUCAUUUUUAAUUACCUGUAUAAGAUUUUAGUAUCUUCGUGCUCACAAACUACUGAAACCCUAAGAAGUUUUGUAUCAGAUAGGUUCUAGUUUGUUGUGCACAAAGUAUCAGUAGCGGUUUUGUUUGUUAUUUUUUUAUUUUCUUGGUUUUUUAUGUAGAACCCUUGCGUUACAAACCAUACAUGAAGUUACAGAUGAAUAAGAGAUUUUGAUACCCAGAAUGAUGACCAGUACUGACAUUUUAGUGUCUGGCUUUGUUGUUUCUGUUCUUCUAAUAACUGGACUGACUGCCAAAAUCUGACCUUGUCUGCAGUGACAUCUGUCUUGUAGAUGCCUGCUCUGUCAUGGCUGUGGAGGAAAUAUUGGUGUGUCUUGUUAGCUUAUGUGAUUUUGAGGCACAGAAUAGGGUGUCUGCUGUGUCAGAUAUGGUCACCCACACCAGACACACGAGAGGCUAGUUCUACAUACUGGGCUUUACUUUGCUUAGUUAUUUGUCAACAAGGAACAGAUGUCAUGUGGGCUGGAGUUGCUGAUUGCCCUGCCAUCCCAGCUUUGUUUAUUUUCUUUCUUCUCUUUACAAGACAUCAGAGGAUAUGUCCUGGGAAAUUUAACACUGUGAAUUUUGCUAAUUAUGAUUAAUGGGUUUUACAUCAUGGAAACUUAAUUUUUAAUGCCUUUGACAAUGGAAGUGCUGUUCUAUAAGUUUUUGGAUAAUCAAAAAAGCUAAUGGUAGGUUGAAGCUAGCAUUCCUUUCUGCAGUGUUUAAAGAGGUCUAAAGAUACCAUAGACUUAUUCACGCUGCCCAUAUUCAGAGCUAUUUGUCAAAUGCUUAAAUCAAACAACACUUAUGAAUAAAUGUGCUUCUGGGACUGAGUGUUCAUUUUUGUAUUCCAUUUUUACAACUAAGCUAUAAAAACUAAACAAUCAAUACUUUGAGGAAUUCAAGUCAUAAAUUGGUGCAAUGUUUUAUAGUGUAACUGCUGGCCAAAAAGAGGCAAAAUGUGAUAGAUAAACAUUUGCAUACUGAUUCUCUGCACUUUACUGUCAGUCGAUUCUCAUGAUGACACUCCUGAUGUAUGGUAAACCUAUUUAAAUGGUCUCUAAGCUCUUUAAUACUCUACAGAAUGUUUUUAGUGCCAUUUGAGAGUAAAUGAAGUGCGCAUAAUUUAGGUCUUCAAGUUUUCUUUGCUUUUAUGUUACUUAUGAUAUAGCAACUUGUGUGGUAGGUAAGCUACGAAAAUUAAAUGAAGUGUGAUAUAAAAAUGAAAUAUGCUUAUUAUAGGAGAAAUAUGGAAUUAGAGUAUAAUAAUAUAUAGCAGUGCUUUUAAUAAAAGUAUAUAAAGAUAAUUCAGAAAUUUAAAGUAUUUUAUAGGCAAUUUGCUUCUCAAUAUUUAAUGGAACUAAGAAGGAAAUUGUAAUUUGUAACUGCAUGCUUUUCUUUCUUUGCUUUCUUAGAAAUGCCAUUUGAUCUUGGAGAUUGAUAAGAAAAGAAGCUUAAGGAACUUACAAGAAUAGGUUCAGAUCUGUGACUUCAGCAGUAUUAAAUAUUCUAUAGAAGUAUUAUAAAAUCCUCUGUUAUGGAUAAAUGAAUUGUGAUAGUAUUUUCAUAUAAUAAUUAAUUAGGGAUGUCAAGUGAAGUUUCACACAGGAUUUACUGUUAGGUUUUGUUUCAUUUAUUGAAUGUGAGGGACAGUAUUUCCAGGAGGCCAAAACAUAUAGUUUAUGUGGGCCAGGAUGCGCAAAAAAUUAUAAGUAUCGGUAAACAUCAUAUGUGUAAACGUAAUUUUAGUAUCUUUAGCUGUGCACAAAAAGUAAGAAAAACAUUAAUUUACAAGUUGAUGUUUUAUAUUGACGUCAGCAAAAUGGUCAACUUCUGUACUUUACCAUUAUUAUCUUGAAUUUCUCUCAAAUUUCCCCUUUUAUCUUCGUAACUUCCAACAGAAGUUUUUCCAUCAUUAUUAUAUUCAUCAGCACUGAAACACUGGCCUCCGUAUCUCUAGGCAUAUGAUUCACUAUUUGUCAUAUAGUUGUGGUUCCCUUUCUCCUCUUAUUGCUUCAAAACAUGAUUAUAUAGCUCUUUUAUACCUUUUCUCACUUCUAUUGACACCGUGUUCAUUUGUCUGUAAUAUGUGCAUCCAAGAGAACCAGGUUCUUUCUGAAAUUGAAGUGUUAAUUCUUCAAGUGGUUCUCCUCUUUUGUGAACAUGUUGGAAGAUCCUAAUUAACAUGGCAACUGUUGGCACUCUGGAUGCAAUUGUCUCUGUUAGCGCAAUGUAAAAGUGUUGGUGAUGUGCUUGGUUGCCUUUUUUUGCACUUAAUCAGCAUGCUUUUUGGGGGCAAAGCUGUUACCUCUAAAUGUUGUCUGUAGGGAAAUUCUUAUGAUAACCUUACCAUAGCUUGGAGAGCUACUGCCAAGAAGCUUUAGUGUGAUCUGUUGACUGAACCAUCUCUUAAAUACAUUCAUCUUGAGUCCAUUGUUGGUUUUGACAGUGGUCAUUGCUCUAAAGCAGUCAGCUAACUGCUGUAUCUUUGCUAAAUCUCAGUAAUGAUCAGUGAUGUUCAUUCUAUAUUUGGUGCUAAAGGUUGUCCUAGUCCAUUUGUUGUCAAAUCUUGACUGUUUGAAUGUGAGCAUAAUACUAACCAUCCAUGUUUUAAAAACUUUUAAACCUUUGUGUAUAUAAACAGGAAAUGUAAUUCAGGUGUAUCCAUAGCAUAAAAAUUUUCAAAAAUUCUCUCCCAAAGCUAUUUGGGUCUGUGAUAUAGCCAAAUCAAUUCAUUUAAUGGCCGUUAUGCGAGGGACUGUUGUACUUGCCUGCAUCCUCUGCAGUCAUUUAACUGAGUUCAAAAAAAGCUGCAACAUCAUCACGGUUAUCAGAGGCAGUAUUUUGCGAACUGGUACAUAAACACCUGCAGACCUCCAAGACCAUCAUUCAACUUGGAAGUCAUCAUACAUUUAAGUUUUUUACCUCUCCAUAGCUGAAAUGAUUUAGGUUUUGUUGUUUCUCUUCACAGCAGUGCAUUUUGAUCAUCUGCUUUGUUUUGAAUUUGUGUGAUAAUUAUCAUUGUCAGCAUUACAGUUUGUGCAGGACACUUAUUUCAUUAUCAUUUAUGAUCAUUAAUGUUGUUAACUGCAGGGAUUCACAGUGACAACUAAUUAUCUAUCCCCACCAUCAUGAUUUUGACUAAUUGCAUUUUCAAACAUUCCUUUUCUUUUCUAGGAUUCAUUUCCUCAUCAUGAUGAUGACUUGUAUAGGUUGAGGUAAAAGUCAGAUAAGAAUAGACUAUUGGGAAAAGAAAUCAUGAGCUAAAGAUGAUACUAGUAUUUAGUGUUAGCUUAGAAAUUUGUAUUGUGUGCGAUUUGACCUCUUAGUCUAUUUUGCACAUGAAACACUCCUGGUUUUCAGUCUUUUUGUUACCGGAUUCCACUCAUUGUGAGUGGCAAGUAACAUUUCAUCAGUAGAUAUUUUUUCUCAUCCAUGUUUUGUCCCCUUGUUUUGUUGGUAUCCCCCUCUUGUGUGUUGCCUUGGAAGUCUUCUUUUCAUGCUAUGAUCUCUUGAUGGUUAUUAAUUUUGCAGCUUAGAAUCUCAUUACCUUAACCUGCCAAUCAGGCCAUACAGUCCUCCUAGAAUUAGAUUAGUUAUUCUGCUGUGCUUUAACCACGCUUUACUUCCAAGAAUCUGUCUUUUUUUUUUUUUUUUUUUUUUUUUUAUAAUCCUGCUCUGCCAGUAACUAAAAUAGUUUUAGUGUAUGUACAUUAUCGAUAAAAAGUAUUCACCAAAAAAAAUCUAUAUGUACAGAGCUUUAAAAACAAUACACUAACAACUCAUUGGCAACAAAAGUCUCUUGUUCAUAAGUAAAGUUCAUAUAUGCUGUAAGUAUACUAAAAAUUUUUGUAAUUAUUCAAGAAAGGCCCUUGAAUAAAACAAAAUUUUAAUGUUAUAGUGCAAUUCAAUGACUGAACCAAGAUUUAUAUGAGUAGUAUAACACAAAAGAAGAAAUAGCACCUCAUUUGCAGUCAUCAAUGUACUUCUCACUUAUCUGUUUCUCAGACAGUAACUUAAAUCUCUUGACUUCAAAAGGAACAUAUUUUAGUUUAAUAUCCAUGUAACUAUAAGCAGAUAAUUAUAUUAAGAAGCUGAUUUGUCUUUAGUGAAAAUUACUUAUCAAGAUUAUGUGAUAAUUUUUCUAAUUAAAUUUUUAGCUGUUAUCAGUUAGAACACCAAAUGUGUCAGACAUCUAAUGCUUUGGGUCCUCCCUAUUAGUCUUUGUUUAAUCAGUGGUUUGGUUAGCUAGGUUCCAUCAUACAGUCCUUCUUACCUCCUCAGGAGUGAGCAAAUUCUACUCACUUUGUCAUUGCUUUUUUUCCCUCUAGGCCUGUGACCCAUUUUUUUAUUUAAGCUGUCUUUGUACCUUUGAUUAUGAUUAUAUGGCCUCACAGUGUAGGCUGUGUCACAGGCAUGGAAAGCAACGAAGACUACCUCCACAAUGCAGUACUGCAGAAUUAAGCAGCUCAAAGAGAACCAAGCAUCCUUCGGCCUGCAAUUCCAGUAUGUGAAGUAGAGUCUGACAGGUUAUUUUUAUGUGUAUCUCUUGUAGAGGUAUUACAAGAAUUUCCCUCCUGGCAUUUUGUCUUGACACAGCUGCUCUCCAGCUAUUUGGUAGCUGAUAUUUGUGCCAAAAAUUGAUUGUGUCGUAGGAUGAGGUCCCAUAUAAGCAAAAUGAACACUAUCCCAUGUGACAGCUCUUGUUUUCUAUCAUCUGCAUUCAAAUGUAGUGAAGGGAAUGUAGUUAUAAUACCUGGAUCUUAGGGUACAAACCUGUAGACCAUUAUGUGAUGAUAGCCACCUUCAAAGGGUUAACUGUGCCAGUAUUGCUAAAUUGUUUUGGGUAGAGAUAUUCACACUUUCCCCAUGGCUCUAGUUGCCUUUUAACCGUACUCGCUACCAUUGGUGAAGUGUAAUGUGGUUAAGUAGUGUUCCUGUCCUUGUAAUCACCAUAGUGGCUUUUCAUAUUUUUUAUUUAUUUUUUUAUGAAUUUUGCCAUCCAAUCAUUGUCGUGUCUGUAUUAUAUGAGUGCAGUAUUUCUGUUAUAAUGGUAAUGUGACAGAUGCAUCAUGUGGUAAUAAUAAGAAGUUCUGCUUCCGUCUUGAUAAACAUUGUCUUUUGGCAUCAGAUUUCCAUGAUCUUGAUACUGUAUUCAUGUUUAUUCCUGUUGUCUUUCUUUUAUAAUUAUAAAUAAAAAUUGCUUUCAA